AUGAGUCGGCAGCGCCGCAGCCAGUGGCUGGCCCUGCGGGUGCUCCUGCUGGCUGCGGUGGCUGGGAGUGCAGCAGGCGAAAACUGCGUGGGCAGGGCGGGCACCUACCACAACGUGGGCUCCAGCUUCAUGGAUGGCGCCGACGACGUGAUUGAGCUGGAUGUGCAAACGGUUGGGGACGCGAUGGAGGCAUGCUGUGCCGCAUGCACGUCCCGAGUGCAGGGCACCGAGCGGUGCAAGGCCUGGGAUACUUUCGUGGACCCAGAGCUCAACAUCUUCCUGUGCCAGCACUACAUCAGCUACACGCCCAACAUCCUCACACCCGGCUGCGACCCGGAGUCUGGCUUUGGCCUGCUGAGCUCCCUUGACGCCGCGGGGCUGCAGCAGGACGUGUGCGAGUCGCCGCCGCCGCCGCCGCCGCCGCUGCCGCCGCUACCGCCCCCGGCGCGGCCCCCCUCGCCGCGGCCGCCGCCGCCCAGCCCGCAGCCUCCGGACCCCCCCGGCGGCCGCCCGCCCUCGCCCAGCCCGCCCGCCGCAGCCGGCCUCAAGGGCCCGCCGCCGCCGCCGCCCAAGCCGCCCACCCCGCCGUGGCCGCCGCUGGGGCUGGUGGUGGAGAGAAGCCCGCCGCCUCCCCGGGACACGCCCGUACCCAGCCCGGGGGGAGACAGCCCGAGCCCAGACGUGUACAGCCCUAGCCCCGACAAUUACUACUUGCCGCCGCCCCCCCCCGACGACCCGGACGCGCCGCCCAGGCCACCGUCGCCGCCGUCGCCGCCCAAACGGCCGCCCCCGCCACGCAAGCCUCCCCGUCCACCGCUGGGUGGCUUGGCCGCCAGGCCGCCGCCGCCGAAGGGCGGCCCGGGGCCUGGUCCUGGCGGCCCCAGCCCUUCGCCUGGCGGCGGCAGCAGCCCCAGACCCUCGCCUGGCGGCGGCGGAGGCCCAAGCCCUUCGCCUGGCGGCGGCGGAGGCCCAAGCCCUUCGCCUGGCGGCUCCGGCGGCACCAGCCCUUCGCCUGGCGGCCCCGGCGGCCCCAGCCCUUCGCCUGGAGGCCUCGGAGGCCCCAGCCCUUCGCCUGGCGGCCCCGGCGGCCCCAGCCCUUCACCUGGAGGCCCCGGAGGCCCCAGCCCUUCGCCUGGAGGCCCCGGAGGCCCCAGCCCUUCGCCUGGAGGCCCCGGCAGCCCCAGCCCUUCGCCUGGAGGCCCCGGAGGCCCCAGCCCUUCGCCUGGAGGCCCCGGCGGCCCCAGCCCAUCACCAAGCGGCGGCGGCAAUGGCCCUGGGGGCCCCAGCCCUUCGCCUGGCGGCGGAGGCGGCAAUGGCAGCCCCAGCCCCUCGCCAGGAGGCGGCGGCAACGGCCCCGGCGGCCCCAGCCCUUCACCUGGCGGCGGCGGCGGCAACGGCCCGAGCUCUCCCAGCCCCUCCCCAGGCCCCGUGCCGACCCCGGGCGGCGGCGGCAGCGGCAGCCCAGCCCCCACGCCCGGCGGCAGCGGCCCCUCAGGCCCCUCGGGGCCUUCUGGUUCUCCGGGAGCCCCUGGGGCGGAUGGCCAGCCGGGCUCCCCAGGCUCAACCAUUUACGUGCCGGUGCCGGUGCCGUCUGGCGGCGGCAGCGGCGGCGGCGGCGGCGGGCCCAUCUAUGUGCCCGUCCCCAGCGGCGGAGGAGGAGGCGGCGGGCCCGUGUACGUGCCGGUACCGGUUCCUGUGGCGGGAGGCGGCGGAGCCCCUACUCCCAUCUAUGUGCCCACGCCCGUGGACGGAGGCGGCGACAGCGGCGGCGGCGGCGACACCAGCGGAGGCGGCGACAGUCCUGGGCUGAGCCCCGGCGCCAGCCCCAGCCCUGGGGCCAGCCCCAGCCCCGGGGAGCCCUCCAGCCCCGCCUUUGUGCCUGUAACACCCAACUCAGUGGCCAGCCCCGACCCCGGGCUGAACCCUGAAGCCCCGGACGGCGGCGGCGGCGGCGAGGUGUGGGUCCCGCAGGGGCCCGGCCUGCCGCCGGUGCUGGCGCCCGUGCUGGCGCCAGCCGACAUGGCCCCCGGGGCUGCCCCCAUCAUCGGCGGCGACCCCGCUGCCGGCCCAGGCUUGAUAGGCGAGGCGCCGGCGCUGGCGCCGGCGCCCGUGUCGGAGCCCGCCCCCUCGCUGCCCGUGCCCCUCCCCGCGCCUGCCUCGCCCUUCCCGACCAUUGGCCCCGCGCCAGCCACCCCGGAGGCGAUGUGUGGGGAGACGGGGGCGGUGCUGCUGUGCAACAGCACCUUCUUCUCGCUGCCCAUGGUCCAGUACAGGGAUCGCUGGCACCUGGUCUCCUUCCCCUGGCAACCCGAGCAGGCGGCCACCGCCGCCAAUACCUUCUGCCGCUACCACGGCUACCGGGCCGCCGCCACCACCCGCCCCUUCACCCUGCCCACCUCGCUCAUGCAGCAGGCGGACGCGUUUGUGGUGUACGACUCGCUAGUGCCGGCGGAGGACGUGGACAGCCCUCGCGUGUGCACCGGCAUGGCCUGCACCGCGUUUGCGGUGAUAGAGUGCGUGCCGUACGGCGGCUCCCCCUGCCAGCCCGACGCCGCACAGAACAUCGGCACGCGCAACACGGGCGUGGGCAACGUGGGGCACAACAACGAGGGCUCCCACAACCUGGGCUCCAACAACGUCGGCUCCCGCAACAUUGGCGACUUCAACCUGUGCACCCUGUGCCUGGGCCACCGCCUGACAGGGUUUGGGCUGGCGGGGCCGCCCGCCCUGCUGGCGGACGAGGACUCGCACGUGGCGCCCGCCAGCGCGGGCAUGGGCCCGGCCGGCAGCACGGGCAUCGGCACGGGCAGCACGUUUGGCUCGAGCUCGGGCGUGGGGCCGGGAGGGGUGGUGCUGCACGGCGGCGGCGGCGGCGGCAGCGGAGGAGCGGCAGGAGGGGGAGCGGAGGAGCCGACAAAGGAGGAGUUGUGA